GAGACGCGGUCGCGUGAGAGGACCAGGCGAUGUGAAGACACACUCCGGGAGCGACAGGCUGCGGCCGGCGGCGCACGCUGUCACUCGUUGGGCUUCUGCUCGCACGCUCUUCCCCUCGGCCUCCGCGCCCGGCCCCGACAGGGCCUUCAGCAUUCAAGAAUGACCAAAAAAAAGAAAACGCCAAGAUGAUUUCCAAAAAGUAAAACUAAAAGUUGGUAAAAAGAAGCCCAAGAUAGAAAAUGCUAUUGCAACAAACUUUAAAACAAAGACGAUACAUCUGCCUGAGCAACUCAAAGAGGAUGGAACACUUCCAACAAACAAUAGAAAACUUAACAUAAAGGAUUUGCUGUCAUAGAUGCAUCACUACAAUGCUGGGGUUAAACAAAGUGCUCUUCUUGGACUUAAAGACCUUUUGUCUCAGUACCCAUUUAUAAUUGAUGCACACCUUUCAAACUGACUGCUGUGUUUACAGAUAAAGAUGCUAAUGUACGAUUAGCAGCAGUUCAGCUUCUUCAGUUCCUGGCCCCCAAAAUACGAGCUGAACAAAUUUCUCCAUUUUUUCCUUUGGUACCUGGUUGGAGGAGGCAGUGUGGAUGAAGGCCUGUCAUCUACAGAAAACCUGAAAGGAUUUAUUGAGAUAAUAAUUCCAUUGUUAAUUGAGUGCUGGAUUGAAGCUGUGCCUCCACAACUAUCUGCUUCUGUUGGAAAUGGUAUAGAACGAGAACCUCUACAGGUUAUGCAGCAAGUUCUUAACAUUAUUUCCCUUCUGUGGAAACUCUCUAAACAACAUGAUGAAACCCAUAAAUUGGAAUCAUGGCUUCGAAAGAAUUACCUCAGCGAUUUUGAACACCAUUUUAUGAGCCAUUUUCCAUAUGCCUUAAAAGAAAUAACCAAGCACAGAAGGAAAGAGACAAAUAAAAGUGCCUCAGCUUUGACGAAGGAUUCCAGUUGGAUAGAAACGAUAAGGAAAUUUGUGACAGAGACCCUUGAAGAUGGUUUUAGGCUCAAUAGUAAGCAGCUGAACAGAUUGCUUGGUGUAUCAUGGAGGUUAAUGCAGAUACAACCAAACAGAGUGCAAUCGCUUCAAUCCUGAGGGCCUGGCUUGACCAACGCGUGGAGGACUUCCGAGAACCCCCUCACUUCCCGUGCUUACAGAAGCUGCUGGAUUAUCUCAAACGGAUGAUGCCAGGUUCUGAGCCAGAGCGAAGAGCACAAAACCUUCUUGAGCAGUUUCAGAAGCAAGAAGUGGAAACUGACAGUGGGCUUCCCAACACCAUCUCCUUCAGCCUGGAAGAGGAGGAGGAGCUGGAGGGCAGAGGGUCAGCAGAAUUCACGUGCUUCUCAGAGGACCUCGUGGCCGAGGAGCUGACCUACAUGGACGCGCAACUGUUCAAGAAAGUAGUGCCUCACCACUGCCUGGGCUGCAUUUGGUCUCGAAGGGAUAAGAAGGAAAACAAACAUUUGGCUCCUACGAUCCGUGCUACCAUCUCUCAGUUUAAUACCCUCACCAAAUGUGUUGUCAGCACCAUCCUGGGGGGCAAAGAACUCAAAACUCAGCAGAGAGCCAGAAUCAUCGAGAAGUGGAUUGACAUUGCUCAUGAACUAAUAGUCACUCUGAGAACUGCUGAGCUUGGAUUCCUGUUCUCUGCCCUUGGCAGCUACUUGCCCGACAAAUCUGUGACUGGCUGCAAGUGGCAGUGGAACUCCUUUGGGCACCUGCCUCUGCAACUGAGGCCAGUGGCCUCAGAACAUCAAGAGCUGCCCUUAAUUGACAAGGAGGCAUUCAACACAGGAAGGACAGUGAGAUCGCAGGGUGCAUCUGCUUUUCCCUGGAGAGUGCCUGCUGAGCCAACCUGCUGAAGAAAGCCCACCUCCUGAAGAAAGCCCACCUCCGUCCAGACCUUCAUUCACAGCCCAAUGGAGGUGGCAGCAGUCCUGUCAGGAUUCCAGGUAGAGGCCAAGUGCCCUGUUUGUCUGGAUGACCUGAGAGACCCCAUCACCAGUGAAUAUGGGCACAACUUCACUUUCUCCUGCAUCAGACAAUCCUGGGAGAAUCUACAGGACAGUUUCCCUUGCCCUGUCUGUCGUCACCAAUGCCAAGAGGGGGCCUUCAGGAGCAACACCCAGCUGGGAAGGAUGAUUGACAUUGCCAGGCUACUCCACAUCACCCGGAGCAAGAAGAAGAGGCAGAAAGAUUUGUCCUUGUGUGAGAAGCACAACCAGGUCCUGACCCUUUUCUGUGAGGAGGACCUAGAGGUGUUGUGUCCCCUGUGCACUCAGCCCCCUGACCACCAGGGCCACCACGUGAGACCCGUAGAGGAGGCCGCCUCUCAUCACAGGAAAAGGCUCCGCAGCUCCAUUGAGCCCCUGAAGAAGCAAGUGGCAGAUGUUCAGAAGCUACUGGCCGCCCAAGACAGAGAACUAUUAGAACUGAGAGAGAAGGUGGAAAACCAGGCACAGAAAGUGUCCUGUGAAUUUGAGCACCUGACUCAGUUUCUAGAACAUAAUCAAUGGGCAGUUUUCUCAAGGUUAGCUGAGGAAGAGAAGGACAUUCAACAGAAACUCAGUGCAAACAGAACAGCAUUUUCAGACCACAUUGCCACUGUCAAAGGUCUGCUAACGGAGGUGGCCGAGAAGAGUGUGAUGUCGGAAGUGGAGCUGCUGAGGGACAUCAGGAGCAUCCUGGGCAGGUGUGAAGGCCUGAAAUCUACCGCGCUCUAUUCCUUCCAGUUAAAGAGAGAAGCGUGCUGUCUGCCUCCACAGAAUGUGGCUCUUCGAAAGAUUAUACAGAGGUUUAGAGAAGAGGUGACUCUAGAUCCCGAGACAGCACACCCUAAUCUGCUUGUCUCCGAGGAUAAGAAAUGUGUGACAUUCGUGAAGAAAAAGCAAAGAGUUCAUCGGAAUCCGAGGAGAUUUACAGUGUCUCCAGUCAUCCUGGGUUCUGAGGGAUUCGAUUCCGGCCGGCAUUACUGGGAGGUCCAAGUGGAUGAGAAGCCUAAAUGGACCGUGGGGGUCUGUAAAGACUCCCUUUCCAGGAAGGGAAAGCGGCCCCCAUCGGGACAGAACAGACGCUGGACGGUUCAGCUGCGGAAUGGUGACUAUGUGGCUCAAGGUGCGGUUCCAGUCACUCUGCUGCUGAUGGAAAAGCCCAGAGGGAUUGGUGUUUAUCUGGACUAUGAGCUGGGCGAGAUUUCCUUCUACAAUUUGAAUGACAGGUCUCACAUUCAUCCUUUCACUGACACAUUUUCUGAAGUUCUGAAGCCUUAUUUCCGUGUGGGAUGUGAUUCAAAACCUCUUACCAUCUGUGCAGUAACAGGCUGUGAAGGAUGAACUGUGACAUUGCUUCGUUUUCUUCCUGUAAUUUAUGGACAGUAGGUAGAAUAUUAUACAACUAUCAGUCCAUUUAGCACAACAAAAAACUUUUAAAUCUACUUCUAUAGCUGGCCAGAUAGCUCUGUUGGUUAGAGUUUAGCUUUAUAACACCAGGGUCAAGGGUUUGGAUCUCCAUAUGGCCAGCUGUCAAAAAAAUAAAAAAUAAAAAUAAUUUUUAAAUAUACAUACUUCUAUAACUUAAACCAAUGAGGAAAUUUUUCUCAUUUUUUUUUCCAUUUUGUUUCAAAAACAGCAUAUGUGGAAACUAAAUACAGGGAUUAGCUGUAAAGUGUUUCUGGAGUUCUAAGUCGAGAGCAUAAAAUUGUACUUUCACAGCUCCAAUAAAUUUUGUUUAUUUACA